CCCGUGCUUUGAGGGCGUGUCGUCGUUCAUGUUCGACGGGCAACACCCACAACAAGUCCCGAGCUGACCCGGACUACUCCCCUGUACAGUCCUCGCGGAGAUGGAGAAGUCUCCGAGUUUGUCCUCCGAGGGUUCCGUGCCGCUGCCGGCGCCGGCGGACGACGACGACGACAGCUCGGCGUGCUCCGACGAGUUGCUGGGCUCCCAGUCGCGCCGCUGGCUCGCCGAACUGAUGGCGGCGGACAAGCCCGGCAGCGACUUUGGCGUCAACGGCGAGAGGAUGGCGGUGGGCCGCGACGGGCUCUUCAUCGACUACCAUUUCCCCCUCGGGGAACUCGAAAUGAAGUCCGGCGUCAAGUGGAAGCGACCCAAGGAGCUGUGCCCGUCACCUCAGUUCACCGUCGAUGGAGCAUCACGCUUGGAUGUUCGCCAGGGAAAGCUCAGUGACUGCUGGCUGCUUUCCGCCAUCGCAUCUCUGGCCAUUCACCAGCAUCUGCUCCGCGAGGUGGUUCCUCCCGGACAAAGCUUCCAGGACGGAUACAACGGCUGCUUCGUCUUCAGGUUCUGGCAGUACGGUCAGUGGGAGGAGGUCCACAUCGACGACCUGCUGCCAACGUACGGCAACAGUCUGAUCUACCUGAGCUCGCCCGAAAAACGAGAGUUCUGGAGCUCCCUGCUUGAAAAGGCGUAUGCCAAGCUAAAAGGAGGCUACCGUGCCCUGGACAUGGGCUUUCCUCAUGAGGCCAUGGUGGACAUGACGGGCGGCGUGGCCGAGGUUCUGAGUGUGGCCAUGCUGCCCAGGGAGCUUCCAGUCUUACUGGCCGAGCUUCUGGCCAAGGGCGCGCUCAUCAACUGCGCCAACACACAGGGUCCUUUGGAGUACAGGAAUGAGCUGGGAAUCAUGUUCAGACAUGCAUACUCACUGACUGCUGUGGAAAAGGUGCAGACCACAUACGGACCCGUGGACCUGGUGCGCAUCUUCAACCCGUGGGGCAACACAGAGUGGCUGGGCCCAUGGAGCGACCUGGAAGGGCCCGAGUGGAACACAGUGAGCGCUGAGGAGCAAAAGCGACUGGACCGAAUACGACGGGAAGACGGAGAGUUCUGGAUGUUGCUGUCUGACUUCCGUCAGAACUUCGAGACGAUGGAGGUGUGUCACCUGGCCAACAUUCAGAGCGACGCCAGCGUGCAGCCAUGGUCGUGCGCAAUGCAUCAUGGGACCUGGGUGCCACGUGUCUCUGCCGGGGGCUCUCCCAAAGGGGGUUGGUUCUGGCAAAAUCCCCAGUUUGGCUUGGUCCUCUCCCAAGACACUGAACACGGAUCACCUGAACCUCCAAAGCGCUGCGCCUUCAUUUUGGCUCUCAUGCAGAAAUAUCAACGGCGUAGAGGCAUCGACCUUUCCAUCGCUCUUCACAUAUACCCGGCGCCUUGCGAGGGCACCCACCUGUCACCCGAAGACCUGAGCGAGCUCCGGCCGGCGAUGAGCAGCAGCUAUUACUCGUCGCGGAGAGAGGUGGUUCUGCGGGGUCACCUCCCGCCCGGUCACUACGUCGUCAUCCCAUCCACCGCCGAGCCCAAUCAGCAGGGAGCCUUCCUGCUGCGCGUGCUGACCGAGCAAGGCCACUCUGCCACCCGAACUGCAGGCCCGGUGACACAUGACCUGACUUCACUAACAGCGCCUCAUUAUCCCCAUCAGAAAGCUCUCCCGUCGCUCAAAGGGAUAAGGCAGCUAUUCAAGAAGCACUGCAACAAGACAGGAUUCUGCAAACCGCAUCACCUUCACAACUUGCUGACUGAGGCCAUCCAGGGAGGAGUGUUGGCAGGUAGUGAGAAGAACUUGGCCCUGGAACACUGCAAGAGCUUGGUGGUCCUCAUGGAUAGUCAGGGCAUCGCUCAGCUAACUUGGCUGGAGUUCCAGGCACUCUGGGACAAGAUCCAGAUGUGGACGGACAUCUUUCUGGUGCACGACAAGAACAAGUCACAGUAUCUGGACUACGAGGAAGUUGCCCCUGCUCUAAAGGCUGCAGGCAUCGUGGUAGAUGACCUGGUGAUGCAGCUGGUGGGCCUGAGGUACACAGAGCCAGACAUGACCAUCAGCUACCCUGGCUUCCUGUACCUUGUCAUGAAACUGGAGAGCAUGAUCCACAAAUUUCACGCGUAUGACCUUGUGGGAAUGGGCUGCAUCUCGCUAAGUUACAGACAAUGGCUCCACAUGACCAUUUACAACUGAGGCAGAAGAGUCGCAGGAUAUGCUCCACUAUUUGUUCUGGAUGUGUGAUGUUUAUGUUAUAAUUGUACGUUGUAGCUACGCUGACAGAAACAUGCAUGAGGCAUAGUUUUCAUUGUUCAGGUCAUGAUUGAAACAUGGCUGCUUAUUCUUCUACGAGCCUUUCUUAGAAAGCUCCUGAUUAUUUUUGAUAAAUGUAACUUUAUUUUA